GAUAAUCUGAAAAGUGUAUUAAAAACUAAGAAAUCAUUGUUUAAUGAAUUGAUGACUAUUUCUGAGUUUUAUAUAUCGUACCAAAUGUUUCGUGAACUCACAGAAAGUGUGCAAUAUUUGCACAAAAAGCAUAUCAUUCAUAGAGAUCUCAAACCGGAUAAUGUGUUGAUUUCAAUGGACGGACGCAUAAAGUUAUGUGACUUUGGUUUGGCUAAAGAGGUCUAUAAUUGCGAUCCGUUUCAUAUGUCUGAAGUCAAGCAUACGGCAGAUGUCGGGGACCCAGGCAUAUAUCAAGCACCAGAAGCUAUGGGCGAUGAUUACAAUCAUUUGAUAGAUAUUUACAGUCUAUCCCUAAUCGGGGCUAAAAUUUUUGGUUUCAAUACAUACGAUAUAAUUGAGGGAAAAGACCUCAAACCGGAUAAUGUGUUGAUUUCAAGGGACGGACGCAUAAAGUUAUGUGACUUUGGUUUGGCUAAAGAGGUCUAUAAUUGCGAUCCGUUUCAUAUGUCUGAAGUCAAGCAUACGGCAGAUGUCGGGGACCCAGGCAUAUAUCAAGCACCAGAAGCUAUGGGCCAUAAUUACAAUCAUUUGAUAGAUAUCUACAGUCUAUCCCUAAUCGGGGCUAAAAUUUUUGGUUUCGAUACAUACGAUAUAAUUGAGGGAAAGUAUAGUCGGAAAAUAUAAUAUAAAUAUAAAUAAAUGGAUGCAUAAAAUGAAUGCAUUAUUGGUGUCUAUGGCUGUCAAUGAAUAUUCAAAAAACGGUUCAACAGAUUGGAGACAAAGACCCGAAUGUUCGCACAUUUUAUCACAAUUGCAGACAUUUAUGACAAAUAAACCCAUUUUUGGGGA